GUCUCGUGAUACAGGAAACGGUCGCUGCGGUCCUGCCCCUGUCAACCGUGCUGAUUGACCCAGAGUUCCCUUCUCCUUCAGGCCACCAUGUCUCGCUCCCGUCAGCCCCCGCUGGUUACGGGCAUCUCGCCCAAAGAGGGCGCGGCCUGGACCAAAGUCACCAUCCGUGGAGAAAACCUGGGCACAAGCUCGACCGACCUCAUUGGUCUGUCGAUCUGUGGCCACAACUGCCUGCUGACAGCUGAGUGGAUGUCAGCCAGUAAGAUAGUGUGCCGUGUGGGUCCCGCCAAAGACGACAAGGGAGAAAUCAUCGUCACCACAAAGUCCGGAGGUCUCGGCACCUCCACGGUCUCUUUCAAACUCAUCAAGCCGGAGAGGAUCGGUAUCCUGGACCAGUCUGCUGUGUGGGUAGAUGAGAUGAACUACUACGACAUGAGGACUGACCGCAACAAAGGCAUCUCCCCGCUCUCCCUGAGACCCAGCAAUCCACUGGGCAUUGAUAUAGACAAAGGUAAAAUCCCACAGAAAGACAUGGAGCUGACAUUCCCUGGCAUGAGUGGAGACUUCACCAGUGAGAACUUCUCUGCUACCUGGUACCUCAUAGAAAACCAUGCAGGCUCCAGUUUUGAACAGCUGAAGUUUGCAGCCAGUAAUCUGAAGAAACAGGCCACAAAGAAGAAUGAAGGGAGUCUUGCCUACGUGAAAGGAGGUCUCAGUACGUUCUUCGAGGCCCAGGACGCUCUGGCAGCAAUCCACCAGAGGCUGGAGUCUGACGGGACGGAGAGAGUGGAGGGAUCAAUGACCCAGCGACUGGAAAACAUCCUCAACAGAGCGAGUGAUACGGCAGAUACUCUUUUCCAGGAGGUUCUGGGGAGGAAAGACAAAGCUGACUCCACACGCAAUGCACUCAACGUCCUGCAACGUUUCAAGUUUCUCUUCAACCUGCCGCUCAAUAUUGAGCGCAAUAUUCAAAAGGGUGAUUAUGAUGUGGUGAUCAAUGACUACGAGAAAGCAAAAUCUCUCUUUGGAAACACUGAGGUCCCUGUUUUCAAAAAAGUGUAUGCUGAGGUUGAGACGAGGAUUGCUGCUCUGAGAAGUCUCUUAUUGGACAAACUUCUGCAGACACCGUCAACGCUGCAUGACCAGAAGAGAUACAUCAGGUACCUGUCUGACCUGCAUGCUCCAGGCGACCCGGCAUGGCAGUGCAUCUACGCACAGCACAAGUGGAUCCUGCAGCUCAUGCAAAACUGCAGAGAAGAGUUCAUCAGUGGCCAGAGAGAAGGUGUCGGAGCCUCUGGCCUAGAGGGAGAUACCCGUCCGUCGGCCCUCGGCAGGCUCAGCCAUACAACGUCUCUGAAGAGAGGGGGCAGCCUGCGAACACCACGACCCAGCACAUGGGGCUUUGAAACUCCACAACAGGUGCAGUUCGUGGAGAAGCUGUCCGACGUGGUGAUCGGUCAGCUGCCAAACUUCUGGAAGCUCUGGAUCUCUUAUGUUAAUGGGAGCCUUUUUAGUGAGACUGGAGAGAAAUCAGGGCAGGUGGAAAAAUCCAAGAAGAAUGCCCGACAGAGACAGAACGACUUUAAAAAAAUGAUUGAGGAGAUGACCAAUCGGCUGGUGAAGCUGAUCCGUGGUGCUCUCCUGCCCUCCACCCUGCCAAAGGGGGAAGUGAAUCUGUAUGGCGGCUGGGAGAACAAGACGGAGCUCACUGGAACCUGGCUAACACAGAUCAUCCACACCGUCAGGGCUUGUCACGAUGCCCUGUCUGCUCUGGAGAUCCCAAAUGAUUUGCUGCAGGUGAUCCAGGAUCUGCUGCUGGAUCUGAGAGUUCACUGCCUCAUGGUGACUCUGCUGCACACCACAGAAGAUGUGAAGCGGCUGGCAGAGAAGGAGGACUGGGUUGUAGAUAAUGAAGGCAUCACUAGCCUGCCUGCACAGUUUGAACAAUGCAUGGUCCAGAUGCUUCAGUCGCUCAAAGAGCCACUGGAGAUCAAACCAGGAGAAAUAAAUGUGCUGCAGUUGGACCAGGUCCAGGACCAGGCUGCAGAGCUCAGCGUCGGCAUCAUGAAGGUUUUCAUAAACUGCUUGGAGCAGCUGCGCACUAAGACUGAUAGAGACGGUGAUACCUCUCUCAACAUGUCAGUGGAUCUGUCUUCUCCAGAUCGGUUUCCUGGGGUUCAAGAAAGCUUCACUCCAACAUCUGAGCAGCGUUUACUCAUCAUCCUCAGUAACUGCCAAUACCUGGAGAGACACACCUUCCUAAACUUGGCCGAUCACUUUGAGAAACACGGCCUCACGGGCACAGAGAAGAUCACACGGGUGAGCGUGGAUGCCGUACGAGAGCUAGACAGAAAUCUGUUUGAUGCCUACAUUGAGCAACGAGCUGACCCCAUCGCAGGCUCUCUGGAGCCCGGGAUCUAUGCAGGAUACUUUGACUGGAGGGACUGUCAGACACCUACAGGUGUAAGGAACUACCUGAAGGAAGCUCUGGUCAACAUCAUCACAGUUCAUGCUGAGGUCUUCACCGUCUCCAAGGACCUGGUUCCUCGGGUUUUAUCCAGAAUCAUUGAGUCGGUUGCGGAUGAAAUGUGUCGCCUUAUGCAAUGUGUGUCGUCCUUCAGUAAAAAUGGAGCCCUGCAGGCUCGACUUGAACUAUGUGCUCUGCGGGACGCCGUAGCCGCAUUCCUGAACACUGAAAGCAAUGCCAGCUUCAAACUAGCUCUGGAGGGCCUUCCUCAGCUGCACAGUGGAGCUGAUAAAAAGUUGUUGGAAGAGCUGCUGAACAAGUUUAAAAGCAGCAUGCAGCUCCAGCUCACCUGCUUCCAGCCAUCCUGUGUCCAGCCUGUGAAAAGAUAAACCAACUUUUCUAUCUCCAACUGAACUGCUCUUUCUCUUAUGUCUGUGAAAUCUUCAUCUUUAUCUGUCAUCACUUUAUUUUCACGUUUUCAGUGCCACUCUCAGUUUCUGCUUCACUGGCUUUCACAUGUUUGUCUGCUUAUCUAAUCUAAAGACACUAAAUGAGUGGAUUUCAUUGUUACUGUGGAGGACAGUCCCAGUCAAGGUGGUUAUGCUAAUCACAUGUGAUAGUUUAUUAAUAACUUAGAGGCUUUUUCAAAGGAAGUUGUGGCUCUGCAUUAUGAUUUAGUCUCAACUGUUUCUGCUUAGACUGAUCAGCAUGUCCUAAAAUAUCCUAAUAUUACUGAGAGAAUGUGCUGAAGAUUUUAAGUUUCUGUUCAUGUUUUGCACUCCAUUCUCAUCACCAAAUAAAGUGAGAAUACCUCA